AUGGAAAAAAACCAACAAUGGCCAAGUGUUGAAGAAAUAAUAGCGCAUCCAUCAUUCCCAGAUGCUAUAUGGAAGCUCACACCCUCGCAAAAGGGCAAUCAUGCGGUAGCUGCUGGAAGAGGCGGCCCUUUUAAUAUCGAUUGGGAAGUUCAUGGAAGUGGUGACAUUAAGCUAGUUUGGGUCAUGGGUCUAGGAAGUGUCAAGAGCUCCUGGCAAAGACAAACAUUGAGAUUUGGACACGAUGAACAUAACCGAUACUCAUCUCUGGUAUUUGAUAAUCGAGGUAUGGGCAAGUCGGACAAGCCGUUAAUGCGCUACUCUACCAGCGAAAUGGCGAAGGACGUGAUUGAGCUUCUUGAUCAUCUUGGGUGGAAUGAGAAACGCCAACUCCACGUCUCUGGAGUCAGCAUGGGCGGCAUGAUAGCUCAGGAGAUCGCUUAUCUAAUUCCUGACCGAAUCUCUUCGCUGAAUCUCUUAUCAACUGCAGCAUACAUCGAGAACACAACAUCGUUUGUUGAGAACAUGCAGACUCGAAUCCGCAUGCUCAUCCCAAAGUCACUCGAUCGUUCCGUUAGGGAAGCCAGCCAAUCAUUGUUUCCUGACACAUGGCUGGCAGCUCCAGAUAACACAGCUGUUCCAACGCCUACCUCGCCCAUGGUUAUCUUUCCACCUUCUGGGAAGUACGGUAGCUUUAGCACCAAUUACGAACGAUUUUCGGCAUCGGAAAUUACCAAACGCUCGGACAUAGAAUCUUUCGGAAGAACGGGAUUUAUUCUACAGCUGAUCGCCGCAGGAUGGCAUCAUAAAUCCCCUGAACAGCUAAAAGAGAUUGGCGACAAGGUUGGAAGAGAACGGAUUAUGGUAAUGCAUGGAACUGCCGAUAGGAUGAUCAGUGUCCACCAUGGCAGAAAAUUGAUAGAGUUUCUUCAACCUGGGACAGGAAUUAUUAAGGAAGGCACUGGUCACGUGUUCAUGGUCGAGGAAUGCGAAUAUCAUAAUAAGAUAAUUGAGGAAAUGUUUCAAAGAGGAGAGAGCUCAAAAUAA